CGACAGACGCGCACACACAGACUCACUCCGUUCUCCGAUGGCGCUGCCGAUUUCGUCGCUGAGUUAUCGCACGGUCCCUCUGACGGACACGAAUCCCUUGCUUGGCCGUAUUGGAUCCGCUUGGAGAAUUCAUCUUCCUCCUGGGAAGAAUCGCAGCGAUCGGAGGCGGAUGCUUUCGGUCACUGCCGCUCUCAUCACCGAGCCGGAUGCUUUCGAGGUCGGGAGGUUCGUCGGAAGCUACGGAUUCAUGAACAUCACCAGCUAUUCUUCAUUUCAAGGAGGGUUUCCUAAUGCUAAUUCAUCCGAAGUUCCUGGGUAUUUCCCCCAAGGCAUCGAUCGUCUGAGGGUUCAAGAUAUCGGCGAGGGUCGAGUGAAAAUAAGGCUUUACGAGGGAAGAAUAAUUCAAGGUCCAUUAAGUGGGACUCGAAUUAUUUUUAAGGUAUAUCCUGGACGACGAACUGGUGGUGUAGAAGCUGAUAUUAUGGCUACUAAUGAGCUAACUACCUAUGUUUUCCUCCAGAACAAUCCAGAUCACAUUUGUCCUAAUCUUCAGCUUUUGCUAGGUGGUUUUGAGACCAAAACUGGGGAGCAGUGGCUUGCUUUCAGAAAUGAUGGGAAAUAUAGUGCUGCUGAUUACUGCAUGCGUACGAGUCAAAAAAGUUCAGAGGAAAAUGCCAGAGGGAAGUUUUUUUGGAAUCCUUUCAAUAAGGAGGAAAAGAUUAACCAGAGAAGAUUUUUUAUAAUCAAACUGCUAAACGGGGCUAUCAAUGGCCUGGCUUACCUGCACAAUCACGAUAGAUUGCAUCAGAGUCUUGGUCCUUCUUCUGUUGUCUUAAACACCAUCAUGGAGAAGAAUGUGGCAUAUUUGGUCCCAAGGCUCCGUGACUUGUCCUUUGCAGUUGAUAUUAGGUAUUCAUCUUUAGGAGCACCUGAGAGUGUGUUAUCAGAAGGGCUAUGGCGAAGAGCAUUUGCGGCUGGGGCUUUUACUCCUUUGGAGAGACGAGCUUAUGGAAUAGCAGAUGACAUAUAUGAAGCAGGACUUCUUUUUGCAUACUUGGCAUUUGUUCCUUUUUGCGAGGCAGGGAUUAUUGAUAGCAUUUCCUUGCAAAGACUUUUCGAAAACAUGUUCCAGCUUGACCUUCUUGCGGCAAGAGAGUACUGUUCUGCAGAUGAUCGAUUAUCAGAAGCUGUCAAGUUUCUAGAUCUGGGAGAUGGUGCUGGCUGGGAGUUGCUUCAGAUUUGCAGUAAUAGGCAAGGGCCGAUUCCUGGCGAAGCCGACGGAAAUACCUCCCAUGUGAUGACCUGCUUGGUUUUCUAAUUUACCCCUCUACAAAUGACUAUGGGGCCAGCCGUGUGGGGCAUCCGGGAUCAGCGUAUGACCUUUUGAAGAAAUAGAUUUAAGGAAUUACACUUUUUGGCAUAUUAUUUUCUUAAAUGAAAUGUUGUUAUCUCUUUGUAACACAAUAACAAAAGGUAUGUUAUUACAAACAAGUUACUCUUUUAAGUUCUAACAUGAAGUUAUUACCUCGCUCCUCAACUCACACGGUCAAGUGAGCUUCGAUGCCAUAAUCUCUCUUAGCAAACCAUCAUUCCACCUGAUCCACUAAGAACCAUGGCGGUUCAUUAGCUUCCUCAGGAGAAUUAACUGUUUGAGAAAAAUCAGAGAAAACUUUGGCGCUUCUCAUUUCUUUUCCCAAGCAACCUAAAUAGUCUGGCACUCAUCUUGCAAUGGGGAAUGAGAGACCUCGGGCUUUCGUAAUCCUCUUCCUGUUGUUAUAUUCUUGAAUUUCUAAUGUUUAUUGGUUGAUAGUUGUGCUUAUUUGUGGGUCCUAACACAUUAAUUAAUGGGUCCUAACAUCAAUGCUUUAGUAGUCGAACACUCAUUUCAACUUAGGCUGCUUUCCCUUUUUCUUAUUAUUCAGGCAAUGCUGAACCCUGAUUACCGUCAACGUCCAAUUGCAGCAGCAGUAUUGAAUCAUCGGUUUAUGACAGUUGCUGUCCCAUGAAGAUCAUACAGUUUGUGGCAUUUAAUGACUUUACUAGCAAGGCCAUGCCAUGUAGUUGAUUUAUUCCCUUUGGCUGAGCCAAACGGUUUCUGGAUUUGCCAUGCUUGAGCAAUUUGAGAGUCAUGCUACUAAAUUGCAGACAUGCAAGGGAACCGUGUGCGCUGUGUUAAUUAUGUAGAUUAUGUGUAUAUUAACAAGUAAAGUUAAAUUAAGAAUAAAAGACGUUUAAGCCCUCUUUUUUAGUGGUUUUCUAUUUCUUUAGUUAGCAAAUUAAAUGCUUAAAAUUUAUCAUAUUCCUAAGUUUUGUUUUUUUUUCUGAAUGCGUGGAGAUUUUUAUACAUCAUUAGUUUAAAUGCAAAACAAGUAUUAUAUGAAUCUUUUUCUCGUCAAACUUUAUAUAUUUCUUUAUCACUACGUAUGCAUGCUUUAAAUUAUUGAAAACUAUA